AUGCCGCUGAUUUCGACAGUUUCUACGAGUGCCGCGUCAUCUUCAAGCUGUAGCUGGGAUCUGCCGAGUGACGUACAGCUCAUCAAUCUAGAAAGCAUCACGAUUACUGCUGGAUCUUCAACAUCAUCAACAGAGUAUAGCGACCCUAAAAAUGUUAUCCAAGUGUGUAACGCCACAGCAACGAGUGAGUCAUCGAGUACCUGGCUUCUUGAAGACAAUACGGCUGGUUUCUGGCAAGCAUCGUUCGAUUAUAAUUUCCAACCCUCAAGUGUUCGACUUUACAAUACUCACGUAGACGGACGUGGAACGAAAACAUGGACAUUCAGCGCUAUUCCUGUAGGCAGCAUAGCAAAUCUCAGCUACACCGACCCGGGAAUCGGAGAUGAUGCAUUUUGCACCAGUGAAUGUCCGCUCAGCGACAACUCGAGCAUCGCAUUCCAGGAGUUCAUUUUUGUCAAUAAUGUAUCCGUCAGUACCUUCAGGAUCGAUGUCAGCGCCUGGUAUGGCGCAGGGGGUGGUUUUGAUGGCAUUCAAGUCGCGGGAAUCGGGAUUCCAAGCUCAGUUUCGACUCAGUCACCCCCAGCGGCUACCAGUGCGACUAGUCCUACUGCUUCGACCUCUGCGCCUUUGACGCAUGAUAACCAGGGAUCUACAGAUACUGGUCUCUCGUCAGGGGCCAAAGCGGGUAUCGCCCUUGGAGUUGUCGGUGCAUUCUUGCUCCUGGCUAGUCUCGUCUACCUCACGGUUCGCUGGCAGCGACUCAGACUCAGCCAGCAGGAGGAGAGCUCUCAAGGCACAGAUAAGCCCGAAUUGCAUGGGGUCUCAAGAAGCGAGGUUCAUGGGCAUAGUAUGAGACCAGAGCUCCCGGACGAGUUUGCACGCGGAGUUCAACUAGACAGUCGGGAAAAGCCAGUAGAGCUGAGCGCUGAACGCUUUUGA